AUGCAUGAUUUUGAAAUAAUGCAGAAGAUCUUUACUGUAGCCAGGGCGAUUGAAUUAAAGCACAAACCUCAUUUAAUCUCCGCUCUGGCCAAUGAAACUGCAAAGUUUUAUGAAAAGUGUGGCUUAGCCUUGAGUCAGUGUGAUCCAAAAAUUGUUGGAAAGUGGAAAAAGUAUUCAGAAUUCAAACAGUGCUGUUAUGAAUCUUACGCCUACGUUUAUUAUGGUGAAGAUUUGUUAGAGAAAGAAAAAGCUGGACAAGCUGUAGCUGUACUCAAAGAGGCAUCUGUUCCAUAUGAAAAGGCACUUCGUGCUGCACGUGAAUAUGUAAAGGUAGAAGGUGUAAGUCUGUCAACUAAACCUCCUGACCACUGCUUCUUUCGUCGUCUCCCUGGAUUAAUUGAACGGACACGUAAUAAAUGUGAUCGUGAAAAUGGUCUGAUAUUUCAUCAAAAAGUUCCCACAGUUGCUCCAUAUUUAGAAAUAAAAGCUGAAUAUGGUAUUGCAACACCGAAAGAACCAGAAUUGGAUUUCAGUUUAGAUUCACGAUGGAAAGAUGUUUAUAUUGGAUUCGAUAUGAACAAACUUGCCGAUAAUAUAGUAUCAGGAUCUGUGUUAGAUAUAACCGAGUGACAAAAAUUCCAAAGAUAAUAAACAAGCCAAUCCUAAAGAUGCACCCGUUGAACCUGUUCGUGAAAUGCCUAUCUUCAGUACUGACAAAGAUCCAAAAAAUGAUAGCGGUUGUGUUAUCGCUUAAGCAUAUAACACAGUCGCACACACGCACACCCACAAACAAACACACUGACAUUAAAUUAUAAAGAUCUACUCUGACUUGUGUACUUUUGAAUAUAUAUGUGAUAAAUAAGAUGUGUAUGGCUGGGCUUGCUGGUUGGUUAGCUGGCUGGCUAUCUGUAUGAAUGAAUUACUGAAUGACACCCUACUCUUUUACUUCUAUCCUUUCAGAUUAUUAUUAUCACUUUCAGUCGAAUAAAUUUUGUUUUUAUUCAACCAGAACAACAUCUAGAACACAAGAAUUUUCUUUCUUAUUUGC